UUUCGCGUUCACACUUUAUUCUCACAAACUCCUCACCUUCUUUAAAUUUGUUAAAAAGCAUCCUCAUUCCUCACGUAUAUAUUAAAGCUUCUUCAAUUCAAAACAUGUUCAUCUGAUCCUUAAUUUCCUCAUGUUUGAUUUUUAUAUUCAGGUCACCCCAGAUUUCAAAUACCUUAGCUUUCAUCCUUUCCUUCAUACAUUCAAUCACAAAAAUGGAGAAGGGAAAGAUUGUUGUGUUUGCUCUUUCUUCUCUGCUUCUGUUUUUUGCGGCGGCUGCGGCGGUCGAGAGCUUUGAUUUCGGCGAGGAGGACUUGGCCUCGGAGGAGAGCCUCUGGGGGCUGUACGAGCGGUGGGGCAGCCACCACGCGGUGCCCCGCGACCACGCCGAGAAGCAGAGGCGCUUCAACGUGUUCAAGGAGAACGCCAGGUACGUUCACCGAGUGAACUCCGCCGCCGAUAAGCCGUACAAGCUGAGGCUGAACAAGUUCGCCGACAUGACCAACCACGAGUUCAGGAGCUCCUACGCCGGUUCCAAGGUCAAACACCACCGGGCGUUCGCCGGUGACCGGCGCGGGGUCGCCGGGUUCAUAUACGAGAACAGCACCGGGAACGUCGCGGCUUCCGUCGACUGGAGGAAGAAGGGUGCGGUCACCGACGUCAAGGACCAGGGCAAGUGCGGGAGCUGCUGGGCAUUCGCGGCGGUGGCGGCGGUGGAGGGAAUAAACUACAUAAAAACAGAGCAGCUGGUGUCGCUGUCGGAGCAGGAGCUGAUAGACUGCGACGUGUCGGAGAACAAAGGAUGCAAUGGCGGAUUGAUGGAACUUGCUUUCGAUUUCAUUAAGAACAACGGGAUCGCCUCCGAGGUUUCCUACCCUUACCAAGCUCAGGACGGCACCUGUGACUCCUCCAAGGCUAAUAGCGGCACGCUGGUGACCAUCAACGGGCACCAGAAUGUGCCGGCGAACGACGAACAGGCGUUGAUGAAAGCAGUUGUCAACCAGCCGGUAGCGGUUGCAAUCGACGCCAGCGGUUCCGACAUGCAGUUCUAUUCAGAGGGAGUGUUCAGCGGGGAGUGCGGGACGGAGGUGAACCACGGGGUGGCGGUGGUGGGGUACGGGAGGACGGUGGAAGGGAUGGAGUAUUGGAUCGUGAAGAACUCGUGGGGCAGCCAGUGGGGAGAGAGUGGGUACCUGAGGAUGCAGCGCGGCGUGGAUGCUGAGGAAGGUCUCUGCGGCAUUGCCACCGAGGCUUCCUUCCCCAUCAAGCUCUCCUCUGGCCCAGCCCCAGCCCCACCGCCACCCCACUCUCUUCCCCUCAGAGAUGAGCUCUAGCUUCUCAUUUUUAUUUUUUUGAUUCUUCAAAAGAAAGAAAGAAAGAAGAAGAUCGUCACAUGAUCUAUGUUCGCAUGUAAGAGGAUUGUUUACACAUUAAUUAUGUCGUUCUUAAAUAUGUAUUGAGUUUUAUUUAAUAGUGGAGAUGAUAAAAGCAAAGCUCCUUGAUAUGUAAGACUCUUUGGAUGUAUUGAUUGGGGAUUGGGCAUAUUAU